CCAUCCCCAGGUUCGCAAUUAUCUUAACAGAAUUUACUUUCUGUACCAUCAGGAAUAUUUCAUACGGUGUGUGGAAGAAAUUGUAUAAAAUAUAAGUACUUAUAAGCAACAUACAUGACAAGAAUUGAAAAUUACAAAUUUGAAGAUGCCCUUCGAUUUGAGGAACUUUUCAAGCGUCAUUACUAAGCCGUCAGAUGCUGUAGUACCACGCUAUUUGCAUGUUUCGCUUCAAACUCAACAGUAACACACUUUCCUUUAUGUUUUCUCCCCCCGGAAUUUUCCUGCAGGGACUGAGGAAAAUCACGAAAGCCUCAGUCAGAAAAGCCUUCUCCAGGCCAAGACUUAAAAAACCGGGACCUCCCGAACACAAAGCAGGACACGUUCGCUCCAUCUUCUGUUUUAAUAUCCUGUAAAUGUACGGGCUGUGUCUCAGAAACGAGGCACAUUGUUUCGCUGUAGCAGGCCUACAGAUGGAACCGAAAGGUGACCAGUACGAGCAGUCACGAGAACCGGUUGUUUGCUUUUGGAACGCUGACAUGCAGACAGAACUGUUCCUCCUGCAAGACGCUGCCUACCAGACCCCUUGCUGUUACGACGUCCAGCUGACGGCUCUGCUGAUCCUCUGUAUUACGGUACAUUCGUCUCACAGAGGAUCGCGAACCACGGACAACACAUCAUUUAAUGAUUAUAGAUGGUAGUCUUCUCACGUGGUCUCUGAAGAUGGAACCCGUACAUUUCUCCGAAACGUAUGUAUGCAGCCAAAAUACCACACGGCACAACAACACAUCUCCUUACGAUCAAUCACCAUGCCAUGAAGCAGCUACAUGGUACAGACGUUAAGGCUCCUGCUCACACUACUUGCUACUCUCUCUCACGAGGAAUGAAGACAGCGAGCAGAGAGGGACGUCAGUCGGCAAGCAGCUGCUGUGGACAGCAGAGCGCCAUCCUCUAUAUCUACCGCGGCACCACAACGCAAUUCGUAAGGUCAUGGGCAGGGAAAACACCCACAGAAGCAAGAAAUAUAAAAAUCUCGAAACAUUUCUAUAUAAACAACGUUGCACGUGCAGUGAAUAAAGCAGCGUAGAAAUAGAAAUGUUAUUUUCGUCGUGGAAAAUACUGGUUUAUUGUGUUUUAAUACGAUUUAUUAAGAAAUUAUAAAAUGUUGAUCGAACAAAUACUGAGUUGUGUCACACAGGAAUGGAAACAAGAGUAAUAAAUCAAUUCAUGAAUAAAAAUUACAGUUUUUAUUAGGAGCAAACGUAAUAUAUUAGUUUUCCUUAACUGCAUAUUAAUAUUCUCAGAUAAGAACAGUGACAGUUACCUAAGAAAUAAAUGACAUGAAAUGUUUCAGAAAAGAUAAACAGUUAAAUUAAAAAGUGUUGAACGUACUGCGAAAAUGACCUAAGUAAGUAGCUGCUUGAGGAUACUGUUUGCAAAGAUCGCAUAAACAUUAUCUAAAUUUACGAGUGUAAACGACCUGAGUGACAAUGUGAGGUGUGUUGCGUAAUGUGGACUACAAUUGUCGUAGUAAAGCAACACAAAUAAUCUGAAUGUGCUCCCGAUCUGACACGUAGACGGAUUUGGUGACAACGUUUUUGCAAGAGGGGUAACGUACGUAUCAAGUGGUGAUGAUUAGUGUUGGUGAACGAGAGUGAUACAUCAACCCACAUCUCUCAGCAACCGAAUCAACGAGGAUAUCUUCGCCGCAACGCGAAAAGUUUCUUUUCACUCCGAAUACAGUUCCUUGAUAGAAACGCGCCUCUGUCCGGAAUGGCACUGCGAACUGCCUCAGUUCAAUAUAGGCCAGAGUUUAGCAACGUAUUCCGUUUCUCAUACUCGUUCCAUUUACUAUUCUAGACCCAUAUUUUUAAUUUGAGGACAACCACUCAUUUGUGCCAACUUCAAUUUCUUUCAUUUUAUUUCGUGAACUUCAUUUCCAUACUACAAUUUUGAAGUCUGUAAAAUACUAUUUUUCUGCGUCCAUUUAAUUUCGUAAAGUGACAUAAUUCGAAAGAACAAGCAUGAAAUAUUUUGUCCUAUAACCACCUCAUUCUUCUAUAACUACACCAUAAAGAAAGAACCGCGUAUGUUUAAUCAAAAACACAUAAACAUUUUAAUCUUCAAUAUAAUACGCGAUAUUUUAUCUUAACUGUAGCGUUUAUAACACUAUAUUACUUCUUCUUCAUUCACAUCUUAGCAUAAACUACGAAAUUGUCACGUAUCUUCUACAUAUACGAGGUAAUACCACAUCAUCCAAAUAUUUAAUUUCCAAUAUUUAAAUUUUCUGAAUAUUUUAAUACUUUCAGUUUAUUGAUACUUCUCAAAUUUCAGCUCACUGAUGUAGAAUGUACUAUUAAAUAAUGACAUGUUUAAUUAUUACGUCUAUAAAUUCGCUAAAUUGCUAAGGCACCACAAGCAUACAAGUAAAUGUCAUAAACGUUUACUGUACCCUUAAACCUGCCAGUAACUACUAAUCAUUUUCACAUCCUCAAAUACUACAAAAUCAAACUUAGUUCCUCUAACCGAAACAAAUUAUCCACUGUGAGCUAAUACAUUCCGAGCAGGCAUAUAAAAAUAUAAUCAAGGAUACCAAAGCACUUAAUUGAUCGUGUCUGGCAGGAUAACAAUUCAUGGAACUAACUUAUUAUUUAGACAGUUUACAAAACAAAUAAGGCACGACAAAACAAUUACUGUGUUUUACGACGAAUAGAUUUAUACAGUGGUUCGUUCUCUGUACUUUAAUUAGUGACAUUUAGAACAAUUUAUUACUGGUCGCUAAGCAUUAGACAAAACUCCUGCAUUUAUUACUGAAGAAUCUUCAAGAACAUUUGUACGAUGUGAGUGACUUGUGCAGUGUUAUUUGCGUUACUCGCAGUAGCUGAAGUGCCAUCUUCGAAUGGACAAAACUGGAGGAAAAAGCUGAAGGCAGAAUAAGAAAUGGACAGAGGAUUAUUAAAGGAAACCUGUGAAGGCCGAACUAAGAUGGAGAAAACACCUUCGGUCAAGAACUAGUGACGUCACAUCUUGACAACCAUGGUGAAGUGCAACGAAGGAGGAGCUCCUGUGCUUCAAGGAGCGGCCAGCGAAAAACUAACUUCAGAGGACAUUAUAAUACCUCAGUCUAUCAGAAAAAACAGUCACAGUUGUCUAAGUGGCCGUGGUAGUAGCAAUGCAAGUUCUUACGGAUUCCGUCUUCAAGAACAGCCCCACGGUGAGACGGCUAGCCUCGGCGAGAAACUAGAGAGAGAGACCGCGACGUCCAUCAGCGCUUACUCGACAUACAAACAGCGUAUAGACUCUAUGUUCGAUGAAACGAGAUCGCAAAUGUCAUGUUACGGCGGGACCUGUGGCAGCAAAGGGCUAGAGAAGAUACGGCCUGUGGCGGCGUCUGCUGAUGACGAAGACGGAAGACGGAGAAUCCAGAACACGGUCCAGGCUAGGAUAGAGAAGAUGUUCGCCGAAAUGGCUAGAACCGCUGCAGGGGAAAUAGGAUCCAGAAAACCGUCUAGCGAUGCCUCGCCAUCCCCAGUACAACAGUCGCCCUCCAUCAACCGUUUCGCUGUUGAUUACCUGGGGUCGGUCCCUCUACCCGACAAAGUGACUUCGCUGCAAGGCCUCCAAGAACCUUUAAAAGACUUAUACUUUGCUUAUCGCCGUGCUAUGGAAACGCAUCAGGAUCGUUUGGGUAGUGACGUGUACAUGAAAGGUACGUUAGAAAUUAAUACAAAUGGUCUAAAAGUGCAUCAUAAAGGCCAGGACAAAGGUGAACUCGAGCAAUUAAAUCCAUUUCCUACAAUUGCUGUAUGGGCAGCUGUGAAAUUCGUGUGCCGGGUCACUCGAUCCCGUAAUGGCGGUGUCAGGGGCAUGGAGUAUGCAUUCUUACCUCUAAUUGCAGAUCCUGAUGCUAUUGACAAAGGGGCAUUAUUUAAACCGUUAAAUCAACUAGAAGAAAAAACUAUCGUCUCAACAACACAACGAGGUGGAACUGCGACACCAUAUAACCAUCAUUCGCCCAUGUUCGCGGUGGUUAUGAGAAAAAUGGGAGUUUCUAAGCAGCUGGAGUGUCACGGGUUUGUAUGCGCGUGCUCUGAAGACGCCAUUGUUAUAGCAGCUAAUUUAUAUCAGGCGUUGAUGAAUAAUAUGCUGAAUAGUAGCAGCAGCAAUGAAAACAAAAGAUCUAAGGUGCAACAAAUCAAACGGACAAAUCAAAAUGGAGUCGAUUACUUCAGCUUAGGAGGCGAUGGUAGUAUAGCAGAUGUCAGCAAAAGCCACUCAGAUGUUGCCAGUGUCCAGAGUAGCUCCAGCAAAACGCAUUUUGUCGCUGUUUUAGCAGAUGAUGUGAAAGGAGAAGGAAAAGAUAAAAAAGGCCCAACAGUGGCAAAAAUUCCACCUCCCGUUCCUGUAAGACCUCCAAGGAGAAAUAAGAAAUCCUCAGCAUCAUCUGCAAGUGAAGACGGCGAAGAUUUUGUAAUACAAAAGAAAUCUACUGAAAAGGUUACCACUCCUGAAUCAACAAAUGUGAACUGUUCAUAUGUAAGGAAUAACAACAUUCCUCGAAGAAGCAUGGACCCGUCGACCCCAAAAACCACAUUAGAAACUUCAAAUACGACGGCUUCUGUAACCAAUGGCGUCAGAAGAACUGUUUCAGAUCGUCAAAAUUAUACCAGUGUACAGUUAUCCACUGACAAACCAGAAGGCGGCGAUAUAUUGACCAAGGUAGCAAUACCACGUAGUCGAAGUUUCUUAAAUGCUGGGGGGCCUCUGACUAGGUACAACAGAAGGCAAGGCAGUGGAGUACCUUAUGCAAAUAACGCUGGGGGCUCUGGAAGUAGUCCUUUGGGCUUCAAUGAACUUUUUACGGAAUUCAGGCUUCAGGAAGGACUAAACAGUAUGGAUGACAUCCUAGAUGUAAUCAUAGAUUCCGAAGGAAUGUCCUUUAAUGACCUGAAACCAAUCUACAAAGAGUUUCUUAUGAAAUUAGCAGUAACUCUUACAAAAGAUGAAUUGUAUCAGAGAAGUAAGAGUAUUAUGCGACGGCAGAAGAAGAAACUAGGGCGUAGAAAUAGCUGUUACAAGAGGAAGAAGACUUUUGUGACCAGUGGCGGUGGUUUUAAGAGAGUCUUCAGACGAUCGGUGAACAAACUUAGGCCGGCUAAAUCUCGUUUCAACAAUUUCGAGUUCACUUCAGUCCUAUUCCCAUCAGAUUCCGUCAGAAGUAUAAACAAGGUUAAUAAGAAAAUCACGUCUUUGGGAACUUCGUCUACGUCAACUUCGUCAUGUUCUACUAGAACUUUCAAGCUACACAGACAACCAAGCUUCAACAAAAUCUAUCCAUCAAAUGGUGGCUUUCGACUACAAAGAAAACCGAGCAGCAGUCGUCGGCGGUCCACGUCACAACGUGAUAUAAACAAAAACAGUAGAAGUCUAAUGCAGAGGCCUCAUCCAAUGACGAGCACGUCUGAGGACUCAGACUUCUUCAGCAUGGUGAGAUGUGGCAAGAGUGUGGCAAACUGUGCUGCAACAACUAUUAAUUCCAGCAGAAGAGGUCCUAAUAGGUCAUCCAGCGGUUAUUUUUCGUGCAGUGAAUGUAGCUACGACAGCGAAUCCUGUACGUGUAUUUCGGCUGAUAAAUGUUACUGUUCCCUAGCGGAUGCAAAGAAACACUCACAGCCCAUUUCAAAGGAUCUCUCAACGUCGUCAUGCGGCUGCGAAACAGACAGCUGCAUUGAAAGUGAUAAAUGUUACUGUGCAUUCAGUUACCACAAUCACAAAAGAGGCCAUCACCAUCUACAACACAAGAAGUGCAUCGGGCCAAUUCUAGGUUCGCAUUCCACUACCCACAAACCUAACCAUCCUGGAAUUCCUAGAAACGAAUCUGUAAUUGAACAGCUAAAACAGAAAGGGUUUGUAGCUUCAGAAUCCAGUCUCUCGAGAGCAGCAUCACCAACAACAGCUUGGAAAAGAAAUGAAAAACAUGUAACAUGCUCUAAGAAGAAAGAUAUCAACACUAUUAAAUCGUCUAAAAGCUUAGAAUUUCUUCAGAUUGACAAUCCGCCUUCAUUUCGCCCACACUAUUCUUCAGUCUGGGGUUCCAGAAGAGCUAAUCAUGGAACAAGCAGAAGAAUGGAUGUUUAUGACCUACUACCAAGAAAACAAUCUUACCAACCUAACCACACAGGCACAAGCUGUAGAAAACAGACGAGAAGUUACAGCUCUGAUAACCUUGCUCUUGAUUAUGACCUCUUCACAACUAGCUCAAAAUCAGAAGAUGAAGAAUCAAGCCCACAGAGGCCACAACAGAAAGUUCUGGUUGUUUCUGCAAGGGAUCCUAGGGGACGGGUCAUCUAUAUGGGAGCUUCAUGUCGCAGUGACAACAGACUGCAAUCCCAAAGCAAAUUUAUGCAGCCACCUUCCUUAUCCAGUUUGCCCCCAUAUGCCAAUGGAAAGAGGCAGCAAAAAUCUAAAAGCGACGUUGGUUCAACAUCAGCAGCAUGUGAAGCGCUAUCUGUCAAAAAGUCUGCUGAGAUUGCAGCAUUGUUUUCAGAUGUAAAGCUAACUCAGACAACUGACAUUGUUGCCAGGAAUGCAACUAACGUGGAUUCUACAAGCAACACCGGAGAAGUGUUCUAUAACACUCUGGAACCUCCAGACUACUUCCUAACAUCAAAAACGAGAAAUAGUAGAAACUCCAUAGGCACUGGUCUGGAGAAUUCACUUGGGUAUCUGCCAUGACACAUGCCAAAAGAUAAGCAACAAUAAAUGAAGAGAAUUCUAACACAGGCCUAUUUGUUACAAAAUCUCCAAUGAAGUUAUCCGUAACACAAAUCAUAAAGCAAUGACACACUUUCAUUACAACAGAACAAACUUCAUGAAACAGAAUAAACAAUCUGCCACUAAGAUUAUCAGCGCAAUUUCACGAAAGCAUCCAACAUUAAUUAUUUGUAAAACUGAAAGGCUUUCACUCAGUCCUUCAGUAAAUUUGAAUGUACGUAUAUUACAAACUGGUUACUACUAUAUAUUUAUUUUCAGUUUGAAGUUUGCAUAAUUUCCUACUUCAAUUCAAAUAUUUAUUCAAUAUCAAUGCUUUAAGUCAAAGGAAAAAUCUCAAAUAAUUUAUGUGUGUCAUUUAAAUUUAACUAGAACACAUUAGCUACAAAUAAGUGUGCAAAAUAUAAGGCAUAUUGAAUGGUUUCAGGUGUGCUCAAAAAUAAGUAGGAUAGUAUCCUGCCAAAGUUCACAGUAAUUCUACCACCACCGUAAAAUGCGUUUCUGAUUCUAUUAGAUUGUUAGGUAUAAAAUAAUUCAAUGAUGUUUUUGGUAAAACUAAUUUAAGUCUAUUGCAGGAAUUGGGAUAUUUAUUUUCAAAAUUAGUUUCCCCCAAAUUUGAUCCCUUAACAGCGAACAUUAUGCUUAAAGGUUUUUCCUGCCACAAACUAAAAAUUCACUUUACACUAUACUUUAACCCGUAUUACAGAUAACAAUUUUGCCUUGAAAAGGUAAGAUAUGUGACAGCACGUGAUAAAUGAACAGAAAAAACAAGUCUUGUAGCAUAUCUGCACUCUUAAAACAUUUCUUACUUCAGCAAGUCAACUUUCUAAUAACACGGACAGCGUUACUUUCUCAGCUAAUACAAAAUUCACGUGUAUGCCUAAUGGUACAAUCACAGAGCAUAUUACAUAACUUGAGAAAAAUAAUUAAUUAACAAAUACCAUCAACAGUUUCAUAACAGAUGCAUUAAGAAUAUAUUCUGAAAAAGUAAAACAAAGUUAACGAGUAAAUGCAUAUCACGAAUUCCACUUGACAUACGAGUCUUAGGAAAUAACAACUAAAGAAAACUUUUGCAGGAGCUGAGUUGUGCUGCCAAUUUCUACUCCAUAUUUCAUUCACCAUGUUCCACAUACAGAGCGUAACUAUGUCUUAAUUAAGAUAAAACAGGAAAUAUGAGCAGUAAAACACGAAUACCUAGUGACAGGAGAGACCCAGUUAUUAAGUGUAACAGCCCUGUUAAGUUUUUAAACUAUUAUGUUGCGCUUCCUGAGUUGAGGUAAUUGUUUUAAUGCACUAGUGAACAAAUACGCUUCCUUCCUUAUGAAACUAAACAUCCGAGUAAAUGAAACUCUCAACUCACUGUUGUUGCACAUUCUGGAGAGAUGGCUGGAAGAAUGAUCCCCUGCUUUGCUUUUCAUUACAAGUGCCUCACAGAUUUUAUAGCAUUAGUCUACAAUACGUAGUCCAAGUUACUUACAGUAGUGUUAAGUGAAUCAAACAUAAAGAAGAAAGGUGUACUCCAUACACAAAUUUUCAAAUGUGUCCCUUACUAUCUUGCACAUUUCAGUGCUACUGAUAUUCAUUUAUAACAAAUAAAAGUUGGUAACAGCAAAGGUAAUCACACAACGAACAGCCAGAAAUUAUUUUUCUUUGAAUUCCGUUAAGUAUUCACAAUAGAGAAUUUUUUUUCAGAUGGAAGUUACAGAUCUUCAUAAGAUCAUUUUAUUAUGUACUUUUUGUAUGACAGGUCAUUUCUGGGGAACCUGAUAAAGUCUGAUUUUAACUUAAUGCAAUGUAUCAGUUAUAUCAAAACAAUAUGAACAGAACCGCUAACACAGUACGGAGUAAUUUUACGCACUUCAUACAAAGAAAACAAAACGAUAAAUGGAACUGUUCUGCAUGUUAAAAGCCCGUCAGUUGAUAUGAUGGUCCUAUUUGCCAGUCCAAAGAUACACGAGCUAUGAACGACAUCAAUACAAGUAAUUCCUUUUAACAGUUUACUGUACACUUGGCCCUUGACUCUGUAAGAACCAAAAAUAAAAUUAAUUCUUUCACGUAGCCAUGUCCGUGUCCUAUCCCAACAGAACAACAAUAUGCCAAUAAGAAAAAACAACAAAAUAACUGGCCACCCAUUCCACUACAUUUUUCUCAUCGAAAAUGUUCAGUGUUUUGAACCGAGUUUUGGAAAGUUACAUGAGGUUUUCAUAAUGAAAAAUUAUAAAGAAACUUCAGACACACAGCUAUAUUUCAUCUGCUGAAACCUUUAUGUUGCGUGUGUAAAAAAUGCCAAAGGAGGUUGAAAAUAACAUUACAUCUUGAAUACACUGUAUUAACUUUGACUCUUUCACUGUGGAGUUUGCAAUAAUGCAAUACUUUUCCUAGAAGUGCAGAAAAUUUGACUCUCCUGAAAGCUUUCACAAGAUACAGCUUUGUUUUAUAAGCUGUACCAACUUGUACGUAGUGUUACCAUGUUCUUGAAAGGGUAAUGAUACAGACUUACCUCUGUACCCUAUAAGCCCAUCUGUCCUCUUAGAGUAAAAAUAUAUGCUUCUGUUUUGACAAGGCUGGAGAUUAAUAUGAUUAAUUUGCAGGCUAGAUUUCUUUUCCUAAAAGGAAAAGACAUAGACUAGUGUAUUUUGCAAAUAAAAUUAUACUUUUAGAUAUAUCGCACAAAAUCAGAAAUGCUAUUUUCUGGGAAUGUAAUUAUGUUCGCAUAACUUUAGAACUAAAUGCAACAAGAGUGAAGAUAUUAAAUUCUUACAGAAUCUUUGAGCAUUCCAUACCCCAUAAUAUAAUUAAUGAAAACCUCAAUCAAAAUGCACAAAACAUAAAAUACCACUGUCACUGUGUUCUAAAUUUUGUCCAUUAUAUUUCUAGAUUUUCCAAAUAUAUGUUGAAAAAACAAACAAUUUUAUGGCUAUUAACUCUCUUCUUAUUUCAUGUAAAUGAUUCAAAUAUUUACUAUAAUUAUCAUCAUAUAUUAGGCUGUUUAGUCCAUUCAAACUCCAAAUGUAAUAAACUGGAUUUAUAUGAAGAAUUUUUAGAACGAAACUCAUAUUAAAAUGCGUAUAUUAGUUCAGCUUUGCCUUUUUGGAGCUUCAGUUUAUUUUCAGUUUCUACGUUCUCCUACAUUUUGUAAUGAACUGAAACAGUUUGUUAUACAGGUCUACAAAAAAUUCAGAUCUACCGAAGUCCUGAGUGAAACAAUUUCAUUUUUACGCAUAAUUAACGAAGAGAUGCAAUGUUCUAUGAAAAAGGCACAUCCCUUUUAACUGAGACCUAUUAUAUCACUGCAAAAUUAGCUGAAAAUAGCUACUGUCCUAUAUAACCACACAUUUGUACUGACAGAUAACAACUGACAUACAAAACAGUUAUACCAACAAUGUGUAAACUUAUGAACUGGCACAAUGCGUCAACACAGAAAUGAAAACUGCCAAUACUGCACCACAUUCUAAAUAAACUAGUUUACCACUCUGCUAAGAAUGUCCAGAUUCUUUGUCUAAGACAGCGUAGUAAUACUAGCUGCAUUCUGUUUUCUGUAUACUGCAACCAUAUGAAAUUGCAUGCCCUUGCACAAAUCAUGUUGGUGUAACUGUGAGACUCCACCCAAAGCAAGGUGAUCAUGUUUCAUGAUAACCAAUCCUGAACUUCAACCUAAUAAAUUAAUCAUAAUUUUGUCUAAAAUCCUAAAGACAUUACAAUACCACAGUCAAUUAAAAAAGACUUCUAAUGCUUAUUUUAUAAUUGAGUUCAUAAGUUGGAAAAUCCUGUAUUUAUAAUCAUCUGUGCUGUGAACAGGAUGACACUUCACUGCUCAGGUUUUACUGUGUUCUAUUAAUAAGUUUGUGUUAUGCAAUGGAGAAGUUUCUAUCAAUUUUAAGAUAAUUUUAUUUAUUAAAUACUUAGAUUUAAUAUAUAGUUCACAAUUAUUUUACAAGCAAGAAAAAACUGCCUAUUACCAAUGUGCAGAGCCCAUAAUCCAAAAAUGACUGAAUAAUAUAAAUAGAUAUGUUGUUCGGCACAGAGAGACGGGGCUGCAAUGACAAGAAAUCUGUAGGUACUGUGUGGAUUAUUAUUCCUCAUACGUGGGAUGCGUAUCUCAUAAAGUAAAGGUUAAUUACUGUUCUAUGUAAUUAAUGUUUGUAGUAAUUUUAUGCACAUACUGAAUUUCUUCAUAUUUAAAUGUUGUAUGUAUUAUAAUAAAUUGUUCAGAAUUGUUCUAAA